GUGUGUUGGAUAAUCACUUCCCUAAGUAGCGGAGAUGGGGAAAAUCUCCGGAAGUCACUGUCUAGUCCUUGGCUGCCGUAACCGGCAGCUGCUGAACCAGGCCAACACGCGUUCCUAUUUCCGCUUUCCGCGAGAUGCCGACCUCUGCAAGAAGUGGGUCGACUUUUGCAACCGUCCGGAGCUCUACAAAAAGUACGACGAGAACGGGCCCGAAUAUCUGUACAAAAGUUCCCGCAUCUGCUCGGACCACUUUCAGCCGACGGAUUUCAACAAUCCCAAUCUCUUCAGCCAAGGGCUCAAGAAAGGCUCUAUUCCCUCGGUAAACCCAGCGAGCCACGAAUCAAAACCAAACGGAGGUAAUGGCGUGACUGGCAAUGGUGGUGGUGGCGGAAGUGGCAGCAGCAAUGGCGCCGGCUCACCAAUCGAUGAGAAGCUGCUAUCGGCCGUGGCCUCGAUCCCGAAUCUACACCCCAACCUGUCGCUCAUGAUGGCGGCGGUCGCUGCCGCGGCACAGUCCCAGUCGAACGCAAACCACCUGCUCAGCAGCCUACCGAACCUCAAACGAUCCGUCGCGGCCAUGAGCGGUGGCACCAUGGUGGCAACCGGUCAGGCGGGUGGCGGCACCACCACGACCACAACGCCCGUUUCGUCGAAGCGCAACCGGGCGGUGCCGCCACUGGCCGCACCUACCGGCGCCCUUGCCAACCUCAUCCAGCGCCAGCAGCAGAUCAAGGAGCAGCAGCUGAAGGACCAGCAGCGGAAGGCGGCCGCACUAGCUGCCGGUGGACUCGUCAACGAGCAGGUGUCCAUCACGCCGGCCAUCAUCGGUGCCGGUACGUCACCGAACGGCAGCAACAAUGGUGGCCCGAUCUCGCUGGUGACGACGAAAAAAUCCAGUGCAAACAGCCACAACAACAAUAUCAACAACAACAACAACAACAACGUGACCAAUCACAACCACAACCACCACGGCAAGCUGAACAGCAGCAGUGGGCGAGGAGGGCGUUUAGACCAGCAGCAGCAUCGGGACCAUAGCGAGUAUGGGUUGAACGUGGUCGACAUGGAUAUGACCGGUGGAGAAUCGUCCGAAGGUGACUCGAGCUAUCAAAAUUCGGCCGACGAAGACUACGCGUACCAUCAGAAGCUGAAGGUCGCCAAGGUGGAGGCGGUCAUACCACCGUCCCUCAAGUCGCAGCUCACGGUAACACCGGCCGGGACCAACAACAGCAUCACCGCCACCUCCACCCCGAACAUUAACAACAACAGCAUCCACAACGUGAACGCGAACGGUAGUGGCGUGGAGGAGAUCAACAUCGACUACAAGGAGAAGUACGAGCAAACGCUAAAGGAGCUGUUCGCCUGCCGGAAGAUCGUCAAGAACCAGAACAAAGCGAUCCAGCAGCAGCAGGGAGAGAUCGAUUUCCUCAACCAGCUGCUGAAGGAGAAAUGAUCCGAAAUGGACAGCGGACGGUGCCGGAUCGACCGCAAUACCUGCGGAGCGAACGUGGACGGUAGUGUCCUGUUGGCCUGCUAGGGAGGGUGGGACCUAGGCACCGUUGUAGAUGCGUUUUAGCGAGUCAGUCGUUGUUGUAGGCGAAUGAAGUUGCCCACAAGCGGACAACAGUCGUUAGUUACCUUCUCUCCUCAUCACCUCGGGUUUCGAUAAGUAACAGUGUAUUGUAACAUAGGACGAACACAUUCCAACCGAAUCCUUUUUAAAGAAGGUGGUGUUACCGUGACACAGAAAUAAAAAAAAGAUACUAGAAUUACAUGGAAUGCGUGCGGUUGAGGUUAAGUAGUAAAUAUACCCGCCCCCUCCCACUAGGUGUACAUAGAAGCAAUAGGGAGGGAGGGGCGGGGGAAUCGUUUUGAUAAGGUAUGCGGGCAUUUAGGGAAAUAGUGGAAGAGAACCAUGACACGUAUGUGGUUCCGAAGGGUCCAGUUUUCUGUAUAUGUAUAUGAGCCAUAGGCGCUCUUUUCAUCAAUGAAUUGAUGUGUUAGAAGCAAACGGCAUGAAGUAAUUUAACUACAUAUUUAACAGUGAUUCGCGCGAAAUGGGAAGAAUGUUUUAAGUAAGAUUCAACGAGUGGUCAGUACUCUGUUUGCCAACCAACUGCACACACGCAGUUGAAGUGCAGUGCGGUGUACGUUUGCCGAAGGAAGUUGCUCCGGUGGGCGCCAAAAUAGUGAAUAGUUUACAACGUACACCACACCCCUCCCAGCUAUGUAAGAUAUUCGAUCAAUUACGGUGAAAGAUAGAAGAAGUUUACAAACAACCACAACAAGAAAAAUUACACUAUACUACACAAAUCACCCUAUUUUCGGAGGUGUUACACAUGCAGAAAACAAACAGAUGGAACUAUACAAAUAUAUAUACAUAGAGAUGUAGUAAAUUAGCUAAGAUAUUUUGGGAUAUUCUAAUGAGCGUGUGUAUAGUAUGCAGUUUGGGGUUAGGAUUCGUAAUUUCGGCUUGGUGUAAUAUUAUACAGUACACUAUUUUAGUUAAACCAACUGCGUGAUGAAACAGUGCAACAUGUGAAGCAGACAAGUAAAGUAGAAAAGCAACAGAAAACAAGUAACAAAAACAACCGUAAUGCGUGGAGUUUUUUUCGGGGUUUUAUAAACCACUCCUUUUUCCUUUCUUGAGUGUUUGGUUUCGAUAGUAGCGUUGAAGUGUAGAAUUAGAAACAGAACGGAAACAGAUGACGGUCAAAAAUGUAAACUCAACACAGGAAUAAAAAGGCGCCUUUGAUAUUCAAAUUCAAACGAGAAAACAAAAACGGAAACGGACUGUUUGGUGAAGGGCAUCACAGGAAACAAAUUCACUUUGUUAUUGUUGACUCCAUACGGAAGUAAGAAACGGAAAGACUAAAACAUGCGCGUGUGCAAGAGAGAAAAAGCGAGAGAGAGAGAGAAAGUGAGGGAACAGUUUUAUGUUAUUUGCUGCGCAAUGUGAAUAUUGUAAAUAUUUUCCCAUCAAACUAAUCCGUCUCAAUUACAAAACACCCGACAAAGCAGAUAGUUCCGAUAUGGUAGUAUUUAAAGGUGUAGCAAAAGUAAACCGUACAAUACUAGAUAGGCAUUAAAAUGGCGGUCGGCGGUGGGUGUUACAUGGAAUGGUGAAUGUUACUAAGGGCAAAUGUCUGACGGACUUCUUGCGGACCGUUUGUGCAUGUGCGCAUGCCGUGGAAGUAUGAUGUAUUACUACCACCUACUACUACUACUAUUAUGAUUACUGUCACUACCACUACUAUUACUACUGCUACUACUGGUUCGGUACAAUCGAAAUAAAAACAGAGUU